UUCUCUCCCAACGUGAACCACUUUUGCUUAGGGUGACGAGAAAAAGAGCUGUAAAAAAUAUGCUUUCUAGAGGGCUUAGUUCAUCGCUUGUUCGCACCUUAGCAAGAACCACACUAAGGGGCUGUGUGAACAAUGUUAAGCCAGGUAUUAGACAUCUAACUACGACCAGCAGAUGUUUAGCUGGCCCAGGAACUGCCGAAGUUUCCUCAAUUCUUGAGGAAAGAAUAAUUGGUACCGCUACUAAAGCUGAACUUGAGGAAACAGGUCGGGUUUUGUCAAUUGGUGAUGGUAUUGCUCGUGUUUAUGGUCUUAAUAAAAUUCAGGCAGAUGAAAUGGUGGAGUUCUCUAGUGGUUUGAAGGGUAUGGCCCUUAAUUUAGAACCUGAUAACGUCGGUGUGGUAGUCUUUGGUAAUGAUAAACUUAUCAAGGAAGGUGAUGUUGUCAAGCGAACCGGCGCCAUUGUAGAUGUCCCUGUCGGUGAGGAUAUCCUAGGCCGUGUUGUAGAUGCCCUGGGUAACCCAAUUGAUGGUAAAGGUCCAAUCAACAGUACCGAAAGAGCUCGGGUUGGUGUCAAAGCGCCCGGUAUUAUCCCUCGUAUAUCUGUGAGGGAUCCUAUGCAGACAGGAAUUAAGGCUGUGGACAGUUUAGUUCCAAUUGGUAGAGGCCAGCGUGAACUGAUCAUUGGUGAUAAACAAACUGGGAAAACUGCCAUUGCCAUUGAUACAAUCAUAAACCAAAAGAGAUUCAAUGAUGGUGCUAAUGAAAAGGAGAAAUUAUACUGUGUCUAUGUUGCCAUUGGUCAGAAGAGAAGUACUGUAGCUCAGAUCAUGAAGAGAUUAGAAAAUGCAGAUGCUUUGAAAUAUACCAUCAUUGUCAGUGCAACAGCAUCAGAUGCUGCACCACUGCAAUAUUUAGCACCAUACUCAGGCUGUGCUAUGGGAGAAUUCUUCAGAGAUAAUGGAAAACAUGCCUUGAUUAUUUAUGAUGAUUUAUCGAAACAGGCUGUUGCCUACCGUCAAAUGUCUCUACUAUUGCGUCGUCCUCCUGGUCGUGAGGCUUACCCUGGUGAUGUAUUCUACCUGCAUUCACGUUUGCUUGAAAGAGCUGCUAAGAUGAAUGAUGAUUUUGGAGGUGGAUCACUGACUGCAUUACCUGUCAUUGAAACACAGGCUGGUGAUGUAUCUUCAUACAUCCCCACCAACGUUAUUUCCAUCACAGAUGGACAAAUUUUCCUGGAGACUGAGCUCUUCUUCAAAGGUAUCCGACCUGCCAUCAAUGUUGGUUUGUCUGUUAGCCGUGUAGGCUCUGCAGCUCAGACCAAGGCUAUGAAACAGGUUGCAGGUACAAUGAAAUUGGAACUUGCUCAAUAUCGUGAGGUCGCUGCUUUUGCCCAGUUUGGGUCAGAUUUGGAUGCAUCGACACAAGCUUUGUUGAACCGAGGUGUUCGACUCACAGAACUCUUGAAACAAGGCCAAUAUGCUCCUAUGGCAAUUGAAGAACAAGUUGCGGUUAUCUAUGCUGGUGUCCGUGGUCAUUUGGAUAAGGUUGAUCCAUCUAGAAUCACAGAUUUUGAAGUGGCUUUCUUAAAACACAUCCGAGAUACACAGCAAGAUCUACUCAAGACGAUCAGAGUGGACGGUCAACUCACUCCGGAGAGCGAUGAGAAGUUGAAGAAAGUUGUCACAACCUUCUUGCAAACAUUUGAAUAAGAAAGAACAAAUGUGUUUGUCAAUUUUUUUGACUUGAUUUAUCAUGUUUUCAACGUGUUUAGCUACCAAGAUAAUUAUUGUAUUAAAAACUAACAAAUUUUA